AUGUCCUGCUCGAUAUUUUUGAGCAAAUGGGCAUGGAAAGCAGCGACCCCGAACGAUAUUGAGUACCUUCCAGGCCGUAACGAAAACUCCCCCUUGACCAUUGACCAAGUGUGCAAGGCAUGGCGUCAGCUCUGUCGUGGCAACUCUCGUCUUUACAGCGACAUUCACGUCGUCAAUCCCACACAGCAGGACGUUGCUCGGACCAUUGCGUGUCUUUCUGGAAGUCAACGAAUUUUGCAUUACAUCUUUCGCCGACGACGACAAGCUGCGACUGCGGACGAAUCAGCGAACACAGAUUGUCUCUUCCCGUGGCAUCGGAUUUUGAAGCUGGUAUUUGCGAAUGCCCAUCGAGUGGAGAAGCUUUACCUGCAAAUUCCCAUAGGGCCUAAAGAGGAAGGCUGGGACUAUACGCUUACUCUUCGGCGGCACAUAGAUUGGGACGGUCUCGCCUUUCCUUUGCUUACCACUCUCCAUUUCCAUGAUGAAGUGUCAUUGUAUAUGUCGGAAGACUCGUUCUUCAAACCACUCGUCACCCGCGCAUGUGCAACAUCAACAAGGCUCACUGACAUGCGCCUCGACCCAACGUUCGCCUUUGUCCACAUCAUAGGCGUAGAUCCACUGAAUAGGCUGAGACCCUGUGCUUCGAUAAUCCCCUGGAAGUACCUCACUUCGCUCACCAUAGCCAUUCACCAUGUGAAGGAGAUGUUGCCGAUAUUGCGACAAUGCCCGUUACUCCAGGAGUUGUACCUCAAAUCGGAUAUAUGCUGGUCUUCAACCAGAGAGGAGCCGGUUGGGGAACCGGUUUUUCUCCCCUCCCUUUGGUGUCUAGUCCUUUUCGUGGAUGGCUCCAACAGGAACACUUUCGCGCCUCUUUUGUAUCUCAAGGUCCCGGCCCUCAAGUCUCUUUCCCUUCAGACCCCGAUAGAGAGAGACCUCUUCCCCGAUCUUAACGCCCCCCGGAAGAGCAGUCAUUUGUUUGGUGCCCUGACGGUCUUUCACAGGCUCAAUCCUGAAUGCCGAAUUCAGACCUUCUCAAGUUUCCAAAAAUGGGACCUGAGGGAUCAUGGAUACCGCCAAAUCCUCUCGCUCCCCAUCUUUGACGACCUUAUAUCGUUCAAGACUCAUGAUACGAUCGGCGACGAGAUCCUGGAGUGGAUGACAUGGGACAGGACCUCCGACGAUCCACAGGUUUUACCCAAGCUCCAAACAUUUUCGGCGCAUGUUCACGCGAAAGAUGGGGUAGUGUCGAGGAUGGUCGCCUCUCGUGUGUUGGAUGUGCCGACCCCUGUUUUGAGAAAGGUUCGUGCCGUUUUCAUUCAGGGUCCCAAGCGGGAGAGCGAAUGGGAGACACGGCUUCGUCCUUCGAUGGAGUGGAUUGGGUACUCUGUUCGAUGA